AGAUUUUUUUUCAAAGCACAUCUCAGACAUGGACAGGACGAAUCAGCAAAGAAACAAGGUGUACCAGAUUGUCCACAGGGGGGCGCCAAGAUCAACAUGCAGCCCAACAGGAGCUUCAAAGGAGAGAUGAUGAAUGCCAAACCCAAACAGAGAGAUAAGAGUCAACAGAGCGACUCAGAGCGAGAGAGAGAGAGAGAGAGGGAGUCAGCAGGGGCGAGGUUCACCAGCCUGGGGAGGACAAACCAGUUUCUGUCUGGAGGGUGUGUACCAGCCCUGCCCGACCUGACAGGCUCGUCCCUGCCUCACACACACAGCAGGCGACUCGCUCCAUCACACACCAGCUCUCGUCUCCUCGCUCCCUCAUUGAACAAGAUGCCUCUCCAGUCCAAUCUGUCCCGCAGGGGCUACGGCUCCAACAAGGCCGUGGACACGCAGUCGGAUGGGAAGUCGUUCGAUGAGCUGAAGCAGGAGUGUCUGCGGGAGGGGGUCCUGUUCGAGGAUCCAGACUUCCCAGCUGUGGACUCUUCCCUCUACUACAGCCAGACUGUGCCCGUCAACAUUGAAUGGAAGAGGCCCAAGGAGAUCUGUGAAAACCCAAAGUUCAUCGUGGGCAAAGCUGACAGGACAGAUAUCUGCCAAGGACAGCUCGGGGACUGCUGGCUCUUGGCAGCUAUCGCAUCCUUGACACUCAAAAAAGAUACCCUGGCCAAGGUCGUCCCCCACGACCAGGACUUUGAUCGAAGAUACGCCGGCAUCUUCCACUUCCAGUUCUGGCAGCACAACCAAUGGCUGGACAUCGUGGUGGACGACAGGCUGCCGACAGUGAGAGACAAACUCAUCCUGCUACACUCAGCCUCCAACGACGAGUUCUGGAGCGCCCUGCUGGAGAAAGCUUACGCCAAACUUCACGGCAGCUACGAGUCCCUGAAGGGCGGCAGCACCAUGGAGGCCAUGGAGGACUUCACCGGUGGAGUGGGCGAAAUGUACGAGACCAAGAAAGCUCCAGAUAACCUGUUCGCCAUCAUGAAGAAGGCUCUGGACAGAGGAUCCAUGAUGGGCUGCUCUAUUGAUAUCUCCAGCUCUGCAGAGUCCGAGGCUAAGACGAGCUCUGGCCUGGUGAAGGGACACGCCUACUCGAUCACAGGCGUGGAGGAGGUGAACUACAGAGGACGGAAGACGAAGCUGGUCCGUGUCAGAAACCCCUGGGGUCAGGUCGAGUGGAACGGACCCUGGAGCGACAAAUCCGGAGAGUGGGAUUAUGUCGACCAGUCUGACAAAAAUCGCAUUCAGCAGAACUCAACAGAGGAUGGAGAAUUCUGGAUGGAGUUUGAGGACUUCAAGAGGAACUAUGACAAAGUGGAGAUCUGCAACAUGACGCCUGACGACCUCACGGACAACACAAAGCGUCACUGGGAGGUCAACAUGUUCGAAGGAAACUGGAUCCGGGGCUCCACAGCUGGAGGCUGCAGGAACUUCAUCGACACAUUUUGGACCAACCCGCAGUUCAAGCUGCAGCUGGAGGACGCCGAUGAUGAUGACGACGUGUGCAGCGUGGUCAUCGCUCUGAUGCAGAAGAACAGGAGGCAGCUGAGGAAGGAAGGCAUGGACAUGGAGACCAUCGGCUUUGCAGUGUACGAGGCUCCAGACGAUGAAGACCAGCAGGGCAAAGACUUCUUCCGUUACCAUGCAUCCAAGGCUCGCAGCAAGACCUACAUCAACAUGAGGGAGGUGUCGGAGCGCUUCACGCUGCCUCCUGGGAAAUACCUGCUGGUUCCCACCACCUUCCAGCCCCACCACGAGGCCGACUUCAUCAUCAGGAUCUUCUCUGAGAAGCAAGCCAAAGCUCUGGAGAUGGGGAGCACUGUGGACGCUGACCUCCCAGAGCCGCCCAUGCCCAGCGAGCCGGAGGACGAGACAGACGAGGAGAAAGGCCUGAGGAGGCUGUUCGACCAGCUCGCAGGAGACGACCAAGCGAUCUCUGUCGUAGAGCUGCAGCAGAUGUUGAACGGAGUUCUCAGCAGACGAAGAGAGAUUAAGUUCGACGGCCUGAGUCUCAACACCUGCCACAGCAUCAUCAACCUGAUGGACGUGGACAACACGGGGAUGCUGGAGUUCCAGGAGUUUAAGGUGUUCUGGGAAAAGAUGAAGAAGUGGAUCAUGCUCUUCCUGUCCUUCGACACGGAUCGCUCAGGGAAGAUGUCGUCGUACGAGCUUCGUAGCGCUCUGAAAGCUGCAGGCAUGCAGCUGAACAACCAGCUCCUGCAGCUGCUCAGCCUCAGGUUCGCCGAUGAAAAAUACGACAUCGACUUCGACGACUACCUCACCUGCAUCGUCCGCCUGGAGAACAUGUUCAGACUCUUCCAGGCCAUGGACAGCUCAAAGAGGGGGCGUGUGAGGUUGAACAUGAUGCAGUUUCUGCUGAUGUCGAUGAACGUCUGAGGAGAGGAUCAGACGCCACCAGAAGAACAAAGCGAGAGCAGUAAUGGUGCAUUAUGGGUUCUCUUUUUUUUCCUCCACAUCUGUCUCUGUUGGAGUGGAAUAAUGUGAGAUACUUUCUGUGUUUGGGGAUCGAGGGAUCAAAUGUUGGAAUCAGCUGAUUGAGCUCGUGGACAAAAGUUUUAUUUUCUCAGCUUUCUGCUUCAAUAAAAACACGUUUGG